AAAAGCCCAAAUGAACGCGCCUCAUUUGGUUUUCACUAAUUAACACAGCCAAAGUCAAAAUUAACAAUAUAUCGUAAAAAUGAAUGAAAACAACAAGUCGUUUUUCGAUGUUAAUUUAAGGUUAGGUUUAAAAUGACAUUGUAAGAGCAUUGUAGAAAUAGGCGGGGUUAUUGGUUGUAGUGACGACCAUAUCCCUCCCUCCACAGUGCUCAUUGGUCGUAGGUUCCAACCGCCAGACUAGGCUGCCACAAGCCGAAAACAUCGCCACUCACCCGGGCAGUAGUAGUUUUGAGCAUGGCUAAUUCAACUGGGACCCUUGUCGUACCACCGGGUCAGACAGCGGGCGGAGGCGGCAGUGCAAGAGACGACGAUGUGAAGCCAGAGUACAUAGCCUUCGUCCUGGUGCCGGUCUUCUUCCUCCUGGGUCUCCUGGGGGUCUUGGUGUGUCACGUCCUGAAGAGGAAGGGUUACCGCUGCACCACGGAGGCUGAGGAUGAGGAGGAGGCGGCCCGGGUAGCAGAGGCGGAAAAGAAGGAUCUGGAGAUGUGUACAGAGCUGAACGACACCGACAGCGAGGGCAAUGACGACACCGUGGGACAGAUCGUUCAUUACAUCAUGAAGAAUGAAGCGAACUCCGAUGCCCUCCAAGCCAUGGUUCCUGAAAACAGCAUAGACUCAGAAGGCCAACCGCUGACUCCCACCUCCCCCACCCUCCCAGUGACCCCUAUCUCACCUCGUGUCCCGGUGGGACUUGCCAAACACACCUGCAACCACCUGCAUACCAUCGGAGGCAUGGGGGGCCUCAAGAGCGUCUGCAACCGCUGCAAUCACAAGAAGUGGCCCCUGAUGAGGCGUGUGUCCACCAAGAGGAUAGCAGACAGGAGGAGCCACGGAGAGGUCACUGUGUUGGCUGUGGGGAGGUUCCGGGUUACAAAGUGUGACAAGGAGAGGCCCGUCAGAGAAAGGCGAACCAUGCUCAGCACAGACUCCAACGGGAGCAUGCCCACAUCGCCCACGGAGAAGGAACCCUUGGAGAGCAGGACCAUCUCUGAGUCACAUCAGGAGCAGAACGAUGAAGGAGCUGAUCCAAAGUGACAGAAACCAAGAGCAGCACAUGGCUUCCUGAAGAGAGCCGAGGGGGGAAAUAUGAUCAUUUGCAACACUUUUUAAACCCAGAAUCAGACCGUAGAGAAGCAUCAGCAUGCGAAGAGCAGCAGAGGAAAUGCAGGGGUAAGUCUCUCCCUAUCCAUGCCCCGUCUCCUUUGAUGGUCAGACGAGAGAAGACAGCGGUGUUCAUGGUGAAUUAGAGGAUGAAGAAAAGCCAAGAGGUUUUCUCUGUCAAACUGGCCCUCUGUCUCGGGCAAGGCAGCGGAAAGGCUGUAAAGUAUGGCGUGUUCGAAAGAGCCAUUGUGCAGUUCAUCAGACAGUGAGUCACUGGUAGAAACCACCACCAACGUUAAUGGUGGAUUUUUCACGAUUCCGCUGCCAAGGAGGAAAACCACAAACACUCACCUGACCAGGAAGUUGAGAUUGCAUUGGGGGUUGUGUUAGCCAAGAGCCAAUAAACUGUGCACUGUGUUGGAGCCAAAUACACAUCUGCUAAAGGUACAAUCUCUACCUGGCCUUCACGUCCACUUCUGACCCACUGGGCAAAGACGGGUUGAAUCGAAGUUGUUUCCACGUCAUUUAAUCCCCCAGAAUCUAUGAUGACGUUGGAUCAACGUGAAAAACUAGUUGGAUUUGCAAAAAGUCAUCAACGUAAGGGAAUUUAUAAAAAAAAAAUGUUUAAAUCACCCAACUUUUUACCUAAAUCCAGUGACAUAGUGAUUUAUUUGUAUCAUUUUUUUUUUUACGUUAGUUGACAACUCAAACAAUAAUAAAUCAAAACUAAAUAUUGAACUGACAGCUUCCAAUUGGCUCAUUUCCCCCCUCCUCUCCCCUGUAACUAUUCCCCAAGUCGUUGCUGUAAAUGAGGUGUUCUCAGGACUAUCUAGUCCCCCCCCUUCUAGAACUCCAAUGGACUACAUUAACUAGGUUGAUAUGGUGAGGAGAAAUUCCCUCAUCACCUUUUUUUAAUUAAUCUUUUGGUUGUCACGGUGACGUAUGGAACCGCUUCUGAUUCCACCCCAAUGAAACUACCUGUUUUUAAUUGGCCAUUGACUCAUCUCUUUGCCAAUAUUACAUAUGGUUUCUAUUCAAAGGAACUGAACAAAUCCCGUUUAAACUUCAAUAGGAGGCCUUUAAAAAUGCACUUCUUUCUUGAUCGAUGCACAGACAGUCUUCCUUAGAACAGCCAGUAUAGAGCAGCUGCCUUGUGUGUGUCUCACUGAUUUUGAGUACGGUGGUAUGUGGUGGGAAUGUAGACUUUGUGUGAGAGACAUUUGUUUGUUGUUGUAUUUUUCAACGCGAAUCAUGAGGUCAAGGGACUUGCAUAUCACCAGAUGUUUUGUUUUCUGUGGUGAAUAAGGUUUUUUUAGUUCAGGACUUGGAUACAUGAACAUUUAGAAAAAAAAAAAAAAUGGUGGCUUUUUAUCUAGAACAGGAGCUGAACCAAAAUGAUUAUACAAUGCAAAAACAAAUCUAUUUCUCAUUGAGGAAAAGUCAUGUCUUGUGUUAAAAUGUAAUUUAUACUGUAACAAUUAAUCUAUUGACUUCCAUUUGCCAUGAAUUGUAAACAAAUGUCAAAGUAUGUUGAAACGGACAGUGUUUCAAAUGGUUACCCAUACCAAAGCCAAAACUAUUUUCUGGGCGGGAUUACUUUUUAAGCUUUACAUCCUUCAACCUACAUUGACCAAACCUGAACAACGUACAACGGAACUCCAAUCCAAAUCUAGCAUCAGACACAAAACAAAACAAAGUUUCAACAGUCUAAAAGUGUUCCCUGUGAACAUCUCCUCUCCUUGCAGAUGAAGGAAAAGAGGAAUCCACUUUAGGCUUUUGAGGAAUGUCAGACCUUUUUGGCAAAUUUUAAAACUGGAAUGGCUUUCAUCUAAGAGCUUUACAAAAAAAUGUUUUUGAAGAUUUUCUCCAAAAUGCAUUUGUUUAUGUGAAAUGGGAAUGUAUUGAGUGUCUGACCUAUUCAAUAUAAUUGAAUGUGUUUUGUUAUUUGCUCUCAUGUUUGCUUUGGAGACUGUACAGUAUCAAUGUCUUAUCACAAUGGUCUGCCUUUUAAACUGUUGUAUAAAAAUGUAUUUAGGAAAUAAAGCAAACUGACUGAAAAAGUUAAA